AAGCAGUAUCCCACAAAAACAAAAGCUCUCCCCUUUCCUUUCUAGUUUCCAUAAAGCAAGCCCAAAACUCUCCCUCUCUAACGCCUUCUAGAAAGCAGAAAGAAAAAAGCAAAGAGAAUUCAAAGAGAAGAAAUGGCUUCGUUUGCAGAAGCACCACCUGGCGAUUCAAAAGUCGGAGAGAAGGUCUUUAAGACCAAGUGUGCUCAGUGUCAUACCGUCGACAAGGGUGCCGGUCAUAAGCAAGGACCCAAUCUGAAUGGUUUGUUUGGAAGGCAGUCAGGAACAACUGCUGGAUACUCUUACUCUACUGCUAACAAGAACAUGGCUGUCACGUGGGAGGAGAAGACUUUGUAUGAUUACUUGCUCAACCCCAAGAAGUACAUCCCUGGAACAAAGAUGGUUUUCCCUGGAUUGAAGAAGCCACAGGAGCGUGCUGAUCUCAUUGCAUACUUGAAGCAGUCCACUGCAUCUUAAGCAUUUCACACUUCCGGCCUCCCCAUUUUGCAGUUGUUGGAGAUAAUUUUUUUUUUUUACCAAUAAAGUAACCAUCCUAUACAAUGAGCAUUGCUAGUCAAUGCUCCUUCGAAGAGUUGCCAUAAUUGGCAAACUAAACAUUCGAUUCAUUUAGCUUACUGUGCCUCUAUUUUGCGAAUAUUUGGUGGAUUACCAGUAAACAGUUUGUUAAUGAUA